AUGACCUCGUUACGCCCCUCCCCGACCUCACUGCGGUCGCCUUCCAUCUUGUCAGAGCGCCGCGAUCUGCGCAGGCUAUCCGGUCGAUCUGUCUCCUCCCAGAGGUCCCCUAUUCGUGAAACAGCUCCCGAGCCCCAACCCACCGCGAUCACAGAGGAAAUCAGUGAGAUCAAGCGCUAUGAGGAUUUUACAACCAUCGAUUGGGUUCAAGAUGCAGUCUACGAGCAGAAUCAUCGCCGAGCAAAGCGACGGAAUGGUGGUGGCUUUUGGGACCAAGAAGGUAUCUUUGGUUGGCGUCGCAAGGUGAUCGAGUCCUACGAUGCUGGCCAGGCUUGGCUUGUGGUGACCCUCGUGGGAAUGGCGAUUGGAUUGAACUCGGCGCUAUUAAAUAUUAUCACUGAGUGGCUGUCCGAUAUCAAAUUGGGCCAUUGCACGACCGCAUUCUAUCUCAAUGAGCAGUUCUGCUGCUGGGGCGCCGAAGGAGGUUGUCCUGAAUGGAAGCACUGGACUGGGUUCUGGUUGAUAAACUACGUCAUUUAUUUCUUUUUUGCUGUAUUACUUGCUUUCAUCGCAGCAGUUCUGGUCAAGACAUUUGCUCCAUAUGCUGCUGGCUCUGGUAUUUCAGAGAUCAAAUGCAUUAUUGCGGGCUUUGUCAUGAAGGGUUUCCUUGGAGCCUGGACUCUCCUGAUUAAGUCGAUUGCUUUGCCACUAGCUAUUGCAUCCGGCCUUUCCGUCGGAAAGGAGGGACCUAGCGUUCAUUUUGCUGUGUGCACAGGAAAUGUCAUCUCACGAUGGUUCGGAAAAUAUAAGCAAAGUGCUUCAAAAACAAGAGAAAUCUUGACCGCAUCAGCGGCUGCUGGUGUGGCUGUCGCUUUCGGCAGCCCCAUUGGUGGUGUGAUCUUUUCACUUGAGGAAAUGGCCAACUACUUCCCACUCAAAACUCUUUGGCGAAGCUAUUUCUGUGCUUUGGUUGCGACGAGUGUCCUAGCGGCCUUGAACCCCUUUCGAACCGGACAGCUGGUCAUGUUCCAGGUCGCAUACGAUCGCACGUGGCACUUUUUCGAGUUGAUUUUCUUCAUAUUCCUGGGAGUAUUCGGCGGUUUGUAUGGCGCUCUUGUCAUCAAAUGGAAUCUCCGGGUAGCAGCCUUCCGCAAAAAGUAUCUUGGGAAAUACCCAAUCUCAGAGUCCGUAUUUCUCGCCGCGGUCACUGCAAUCCUAUGCUACCCCAAUAUCUUUCUCAAGAUCAACAUGACCGAAAUGAUGGAGAUUCUCUUUCGCGAAUGUAAGGGGGGACAUGACUAUCACGGGCUUUGCGAGAAAGAGAAUCGUCUGGUCAUGGUCCUUUCCUUGGCUGUUGCUACUAUUUUGCGUACCGGCCUGGUCAUCAUCUCAUAUGGAUGUAAGGUACCGGCAGGUAUUUUCGUCCCAUCAAUGGCCAUCGGUGCCUCCUUUGGUCGCAUGGUGGGGAUUAUAGUGCAGGCACUAUAUGAACACUUCCCCGACUCCGCCUUCUUUGCAUCAUGCGAACCUGAUGUCCCAUGUAUUACGCCAGGAACAUAUGCUUUCCUGGGAGCAGCAGCGGCUCUCAGCGGCAUCAUGCAUCUCACCAUUUCAGUUACGGUCAUCAUGUUUGAACUCACAGGUGCCUUGACUUACAUCUUGCCGACUAUGAUCGUCGUGGGCGUAACCAAAGCCGUUGGCGACCGAUUCGGAAACGGAGGUAUCGCAGACCGAAUGAUCUGGUUUAACGGGUUCCCAUUCCUAGACAAUAAGGAAGACCACGUCUUCAACGUCCCAGUCUCACACGCAAUGACGACCGGUCCGCUCACACUCCCCGCAUCCGAUUUCCCCGUCCGUGAAGCAGAGCACCUCUUGAACGACAACAAGUUCCAGGGAUUCCCAAUCGUGGAGGACCGCAGCAAUAAAACGCUCGUCGGCUAUAUCGGACGCACGGAACUCCGCUACGCCAUCGACCGCGCACGUAGUGACGGUCUCCUCUCGCCUCGGGCGCGAUGCGUCUUUACCAAGGAAGCUGCAGAUGCAUCAGUCGCACAGCGAGCUUCCGUCUCGGAGCGUUCCCAAGCUCUGGCGCCGGACACUUUUGAUGCGAUCCAAACGAGCGUGGGUGCUGGAUUCGUCGACUUCUCCCGCUACCGUGCACCCGCGUCUCCCCUCGAGACUGUCAUGGAAAUCUUCAAGAAGAUGGGUCCGCGAGUUAUUCUCGUUGAACACCGUGGCCGUCUGACUGGCCUGGUCACAGUCAAGGAUUGCUUGAAAUACCAGUUCAAGGUCGAGGCCGAGGAGCACGCGCUUGCGGCAACCACAGCGUCGGAGUUUUCCUCUGCACCGCUGGGAGGCCAUUUAAGUACUCCUGCUUCGGAAACCUUGGAAGAGCGCGUCUGGCGGAUCAUCCAGAAAGCCGUUGGAUUUGUGUCUGGCUCGUCGCGUGCUAGUCGUCCCGUGCGGCUGGGUGAACGGGAUCGCUCCGGACAAGCGGAAUCAACGGGGAUCUUAGAUGGGACGGAAGAUGAUGGUUUCGUUGAAUUGGAGGAGAGAGAGGGACGACCUGGUCGCCCUUAG